CAAAGUGAAAAUGAACAUAUAUGCAUUCAUUACGAUCGAUCAUAUGGCAUUACGACAACAAAAUGCAACUCCAGUGAUCCUUUCCAACGAUGGAUUUGGACACAGCACAGCCAACUACUUCAUGCAGAAACAUCAAAAUGUAUCCAGCAAGGCAAAAUGUUUCCUGGACAAAUGUAUACUUGGCACCUAGGUCUUGAAGAGUGUAACGUAUCUGAGACGAAACAGCGAUGGGACUGUGACGCAAAUUUCCUUGUGAAAAGGUUUCUUCGUACCACCAGUCAGCAGGACACCAUGUACAUAACGUAUGAGAAUGACAAUGACAACACUAUUGUUGCAAAAGAACAGGCCCCUAAGAAUUGGAAACGUUAUCAGCUAAAUAGUAAAAUUUGUUCUUCAU